GUGGUCGCAGGAGUGUUGUAGGUGUCCCAUUUUGACUGGAAUAGCCCAAUAGAGCCUUGAAUGACUGUGCGCUGUGGGAAACAUUUAAACUGACUUGUUAAUAAAUAAUAAGGAGUGUGGAUGCGCACGAGGUCUUUUGCGUGUUUACCUGGGUUGAGUUUCCCCCACGCCGAAUAGGCUUCGUCUUGUUUACAGUCCCUGUUCCUGGCAACAACGUCAUCUACUCCAUCUGACAUCCCGGAGGCGGGGACACAAACAACCAAUCAGCAGGUUGGUUGGAGCGCUUCGCGCCGGAUUAUAUAAAUAGAGCGGAACGCGCCGGCCGGCUGUCAGUAAAGAGGAAACAGAAGUGGAAGUCUGAUUGAGAGCAGAAAAGACUCUCCUACACACGAGUGGAUUGAAAACAUCUGAAUUAGUCACUGGACUCCGCUUUGAAUCCAACUAAAGGUACAAAUCGACGACUUGGUACAGUACAGUUCCACUAUUUUGGAAGUUUUGCUCUGUUUUUGAUAACUUUGAUCUUCAGUAAAAUAAUACAGCGGGACUUUGUGCUGGAGAUUGAAUCAGUUGGGACACUGAAGCCUCGGUGUCCGAGCAGCAUCUUUGCAGCGCACUCUUGUAUUUGACUGUCUGAUUUGAAAUAUGUCCACAAUAAUGGAACAGCCUUUUUAUGACGACUCGUUUCUCUCUGCUUAUGGCCAUCCAGGCGCAGCUCUGCCAGACUACAAGCUGCUAAAGCAGAAUAUGAACUUGAACUUCUCCGAAUCAUAUCGGAACUCAAACUUCAAGUCACAGCACCUGCGCGCCGACAGUGAUUUCUAUUCAACGGGGACGGCGGACGUGGGCUCCCUGAAGCUCGCCUCUCCUGAACUGGAGCGACUGAUCAUCCAGAACAGCAACGGAGUCAUCACUACAACGCCGACACCUGCCCAGUACCUGUACAACCGCGGGAUCACAGAGGAGCAGGAGGGCUUUGCUGAAGGUUUUGUAAAAGCACUGGACGAUCUACACAAGAUGAACCAGAUGGCUCCUCCAAACGUGUCCAUCGGCACCGGUGGCGUUGGCUGUUCGGCUCCAGCCUCUGUGUUCGGCUCCUCCAUGCAGCCAGAACCGCUCGAGUACACCACACUGGGCAGCUGCACCAAUAACCCCAGCCUGUCCUCUGCAGCCAGCUACCCAUCCACCACUAUCAGCUACCUGCCCCACCACCAGUACCACCAGCAUCCUCAGGCCGUUGCGCACGGAUCUCACCAUUUCCAGCACUCCCUGGCCAGUGCUGGCAUCCACUCGCAGCGCUUCGGCGGGUUGAAAGAGGAGCCUCAGACAGUUCCCGACAUGCAAAGCAGCGACAACGGCUCUCCGCCAAUGUCCCCCAUCGACUUGGAGAACCAGGAGCGGAUCAAAGCGGAGCGCAAGCGGCUGAGGAACCGGCUCGCAGCCUCAAAGUGUCGGAGGCGCAAGCUGGAGCGCAUCGCUCGUCUUGAGGACAAAGUGAAGGUGUUGAAAACAGACAACGCCGGACUGUCAAACACGGCUUCUCUACUGCGGGAGCAGGUGGCCCAACUCAAACAGAAAGUCAUGACACAUGUGAGCAGUGGCUGCCAGCUCAUGUUAGCGCCCAAAGUGAAGUCUUAUUGAAGUAACAUUGCACUUUUAGAAACACUGGACAAUGACUGCACUGACAACACAAUGAACAAUGUCUUUAUACAUAGUAUGCGAGAACUGGAUCAUCAUGGUUUCUUUGGCUGAAAGAAAAGUAGCCUCCACACAGAAAUCAUACAAGACUAAAACACUUAGGGCAUUUUUGAAUAAGUUUUUAAAAGUGUCGUCUCGGGUUUGCCUGUUUACAUUUUGUUUUUUUGAUUGUGAUGCUUCUUAUGUAAGUUAUUUGUGUUUGUCAGGUUGAGCCUGAUGAGCCUGUCUUUUUUUACUUGUACAGUAUAUUUAAGUAAACGAAAUUAUGAAACU